AAAGCUGCUCCGCGGACUGACGGAGAGACAGGAGGAACGGAAACAUGCCGGUAACCGGAGUGGGAACUCACCCGACAGGAGGAACCCCACCUGCUUCUUCCUCAGUGGGAAAACAUGCCAGCAUGAACUCUGGAAAUGGGUGCAACCACCAGGAUCCAGAGCAGAGUCUCAAACCACAGCAUGUAGAUGGAGCUGAGCCACACACUCUCCCCAUGCCCAUCCCAGAUCUCUCCAUUCACUACACCAAGCUGUUCAUCAACAACGAGUGGCUGGAGUCCUGCAGCGGAAGAAAGAUUUCUGUGUAUGAUCCUGCUACAGGGAACCUGCUGUGUGAAGUGGAGGAGGCUGACACAGAAGAUGUGGACGAGGCAGUGAGGAGUGCCAGAGCUGCCUUUCAAACGGGGUCACCAUGGCGGUCCAUGGAUGCCUCCGAUCGAGGUCAACUACUCAACAGACUCGCUGACUUAGUGGAGCGAGACCGGCUACUACUGGCAACACUAGAGAGUCUAGACUCUGGAAAAGUGUUCCUCAUGGCAUAUUUUGUGGAUCUGUUGGCCACAAUCAAAACCUUGAGAUAUUACGCAGGCUGGGCUGAUAAAAUUCAGGGCAAAACCAUCCCUGUGGAUGGAGAGUAUUUUACUUACACACGGCAUGAGCCUAUCGGAGUAUGUGGCCAGAUUAUUCCUUGGAACUUCCCGUUGAUGAUGUUUACAUGGAAGAUCGCUCCAGCUCUGUGCUGCGGGAACACUGUAGUCAUCAAGCCUGCAGAGCAGACCCCAUUAUCAGCCCUUCACAUGGCUGCACUCAUCAAAGAGGCUGGUUUUCCUCCAGGUGUGGUUAAUGUGGUGCCCGGUUACGGUCAUACAGCUGGCUGUGCCAUUUCUCACCACAUGGACAUCGACAAAGUAGCCUUCACUGGAUCCACUGCUGUUGGGAAACUAAUCCAGAAGGCUGCAGGUGAAAGCAACCUGAAAAGAGUUACACUGGAACUCGGGGGAAAAAACCCAAAUAUUGUUUUUGCCGACUGUGACUUAGAGUAUGCAGUGGAGCAGGCCCACAGUGGUCUGUUCUUCAACCAGGGUCAGUGCUGUCUGGCUGGAUCCAGGGUGUUUGUAGAGGAGCCGAUCUACGAAGAGUUCGUCCGCCUCAGUGUAGAAAAAGCCAAAUCCAAAGUCUUAGGAAACCCCUUACUGCCAGGGGUUGACCAAGGACCACAGAUUGACCAGAAGCAGUUUGAUAAGAUAAUGGAUCUGAUAGAGAGCGGGAAGAGGGAGGGGGCUACACUGGAGUGUGGGGGUUCCUCGUGGGGUCAGCAGGGACUUUUCAUUCAACCCACCGUCUUCUCAAAUGUCUCCGAUGAAAUGCGCAUCGCCAAAGAAGAGAUUUUUGGUCCAGUGCAGCAGAUCAUGUGUUUCCGAAGUGUCCAUGAAGUCAUCCAGAGGGCAAACGCCACACACUACGGCCUGGCAGCAGGAGUGUUUACUAACGACAUCGACAAAGCCCUCACAGUCUCCUCUGCCCUGCAGGCUGGCAUGGUCUGGGUGAACUGCUACAAUGCCAUGAGUGCUCAGUGUCCCUUUGGCGGCUACAAGAUGUCUGGAAAUGGAAGAGAACUGGGUGAAUACGCGCUCCAAGAGUACACCGAGGUCAAAGCAGUCACCAUAAAAGUCUCGAAGAAGAACUCGUAGUUCUUCACAUAACAGGACUGACCUUCUCCUGGCUUUUAAAGUCUUUUUCACUAAAUGACUUCUCCAAAAAUUGUAAAUAAUCUAAUGGCUUCUGAAUAUCUGUGACACCAUGAUCAUUUAUUCCUG